UAGCAGUUUGAAACACCAGCCUGUGAGUUGUCUGUGGUUUGAUUUGGCAAAAGAUCCUGAACUGAUAUUGAGCACAAUGUCAUAAUAGGGAGAAGGGUUUUGACAGAACCAAGAUCAAGUCAAGAUGGAGACUUUAACACCAGCAUUUAUUUCACACGGUCGUAGGUCCAUUAGCACCCCCAAUUCCACCUUUGCCUCCAUCAACUUGAAGAGCACUUUGGAGAGGAACAUCAGCAGCUCAAGUGUGUCUCUUUUAUGUAAUAACAGCACUGACGAAAACAGUCUCCCAGCAAAAAGUUCUAGUAGUGUCUUAAAAGAUGUUGUAGCAUAUGUUGAAGUCCGUACAAAUUCAGAUAACAGAAGCCAAGCUAUAGGCAAGGAACUGGAAGCUUUAGGUGCCACAGUUGUCAAGAAGUUCACCAAUGAAGUGACACAUGUUAUCUUCAAGGAUGGCAAGAAAAGUACCAGAGACAGGGCAAAAAAGAAGGGCCUUCAUUUAGUUACAGUCCUGUGGGUGGACAGUUGCAAAAAACAACAGGUGAAGGUCCCUGAAUCUCAGUAUCCUGUGGCAGCAGAAGAUAAAACACCCAUUCUUAUUGGCAGAUAUAGGAAAGCCAAGUCUAUGCAACCUACAGAUUUCGAUGAUGAUGUUGCAAAUAGUGCAGAGAGAGGGGAAAAGAGGAGGAAGAGGAUUGCUUUGGCAAACAAAUGGAAAAAUGCUGGUUUGGCAGACUUCAAUACACCUGGAUCUAAACCGCUUAUUUUGGCUGCAGAAACUCAGCCACAGAGUCCAUGUUUGUCAGAUGACCCCUCCCCUAAUGUUACCAUACCUGACACCCCACCAAGCAUGAGGGCAAGGCAGGAAUCUCUGCAGGAGACCACAGAAAAGAAGCACAGCAGACAGAGCACUGGCUCUAUUGUUGAUGUACCUUCAGAGGAGGACUCACCAGUGUGUAGUGGUGUGAGAACAACACCUCUGCAAAGAAGAUUAUUUGAUAAUAUUCAAAGACAGCAAUCCCCAGAGGCAGCUACCAAUGCUGUCAAGAAUUUGAAUGAUCUUUUCAAGCCAGGAAUAGCAGCUAGGAAGAGAAAGUUGAUGACGUUGAAAGAAUUAUCACCUGCAUCAGUAUUAGUAGCACCCACAAAAGCAUCUGGCCAACUGCCCAGCAUAAUAGGUGGGAAUGAGAGAAAGAAAGGACAAAAGAGAAAAAGUGCAUCGGUGGAAGAAAUUGGUUCAUCUUUGGAAAAUCCCAAAGGUAAAAGACGAAAGGAAGUUAAAGACAGUGAUACCUUACACACAGACACAUCAGAUGAAAGCCCUGUGGAAACUGAAAAUGAACCCAGUGGCAGUGGAAUGCCCAGCAAGAGCAAAGUCACUGUGCUCAGUGAUGUUGCUUGGUGUGAGGCAGAUACAAAGGGGAAAUCUAAGACAGCAAGGCGGAAGUCAUGUGGGAGCAUCCUGAGCAGUUCUGCAACUUCCCAGGUCACAGAAUCUGAGGUAGACAGCAAACAGAAAGCAAAGAGCUCCAGGAGAAAAUCGUGCUUAGACAACAAGGCUGGUUCUGUGGCUUUCCUUGAAGCUGGUCCUCAGUCUGAUUGUGAUGGAAAAACUAAAACUAAGGUUUCUAGGAGAAAAUCUUGCUUGACCACCUUGACUACCACUUCUACAGAACACUGUGACACAGAUACACAAUCUGGAGCCCUUGCCUCAAAACCCAAGACUUCGAGGAGGAAGUCGUGUGGUGGAUCCUUAUCCACUUUGCCUGCUCUUGAGGACCAUGAUACAACAUCUAAUGAAACUAGUCGUUCAAAACCUAAAAAGUCUUCUGUUGGCACUGUGUCUGGGCCAGCAGCUCAUCUGGACUCAAAACAGAAACGAACCCCUGGGAUGUCCUGCAUAGAAGAGUUAUCUGACACUGACAGCAAUGUCCCCAUUAAAAAUGUCUGUGUGGGGAAUAGAGAGGAAAACACAAGUCAUGCCCAACAAGACACUGGAUACAGCACAAAUACAGAUUCAUUGUUAAGAUCAAGUCAAAACAGUAGUAUCUCUUCAGACUCAUUUUCCAAACUUGCUAAAAGCCGUAGAAGCAUUGAUGAAUUUGCUGAACAUGGAAAGCUUUCCCAGUCUUUGAAAAAGGCUGUCAGAUCUGCAAAUGUGAACAGUUCAGAUAGUGAUGAUACAAUUGCAAGUAUCGCAAGUAAGUCCGAGCCUAAGAAAAAGAUUACAAGGAAAAAGAAAGAAUUUUCAAUUAAGAAUCCAUCUCCAGUGCCAAGGAGAUCCAUGGUCACUACAAGUUUACAUAACAGUGAACAAGAGAUUGUACAUGCAGUAGUGAAGAAACUGGGCGGUUUUCAUAUGCUUGAUACUGUUGACGACAGUACCAGUCACAUUGUCUGUGGUGAAAGCCGGCGGACACUGAAUAUUCUACGUGGGAUUGCAAGAGGAUGCUGGGUGCUUUCUCUAGAAUGGGUGCUCAAGUCUCUUGAAGCAGGUCAGUGGUUGGAUGAAGAACCAUUUGAGGCACAUGAUUUCUUUCCAGCAGCACAGUUUAGCAGACUUGAACGAUAUGCAGCGGGACCGUCUUAUCAGCAAGAUAUUUUUUCUGCUGUUGGGGAGAUUUAUGUAUCAGAAAACACUUCUCCAUCUCAGCAGCAUUUGAUUUCAUUAAUUCAGUUGUGUGGUGGAAAGACAACCACAUGUUCUAGAAAAGCAGCAGUGUGUGUAGGACCAGCAAGAAGAACUGAAGCCACUUUGGUGACAGAACAGUGGGUCUUGGAUUCCAUAACUGCACACCUGCUGAUGCCAUUGAGUGAUUAUACUGCUAAGAAACAAAGCAGAUCAACUAGUCCAGCCUUUUAAAUAUCAGCAUUUCAUGAAGCUGAUUUGUUGACUGAUUUCAUGAAGCUGAUUUGGAUACUGAAUACUGCCCAUGCAGUAUAAACUAAGAGCUAGUGAAAUUUUAGACACCACCAAUCUUAUUACCGUACCUUUUCAAAUGAUAUUCAGACUCUUCAAAUGAUUUUCUUAUGCCAGAAUGGAUUGAACAAUAAAACUGUAGAUAAAGAAGAGCACAUAUCCCAUCUAUACCUAUACUAAACAUUUAUCCCACAAACAAAAGGAUAAUGGCACUUUUAUUUUGCUUACACACCCACCUGUAUUUUAAUUGCUUGAAGCGCCAGCCUAAAGGGAUAUGUCCACUACAACUACUCGGCAUCCCCAUUAUGCAACAUACAAGAGCAAAUUAUAUUUUCUCCACACUACUCUUUUAUGUUGCAUACAGUGGACAACUUGUGUUGUAACUAGUACACAUGGAUCUACUAUUUCUUUAAUUAAAUUUAAUGAAUGUGAUAAGCAAUCAAACAUGAAGAAAAUGAAAGAUGGGAUUAGUUUGGACAUGAUUGAGUAAUGUGAACCGUCAGUAUUAUUCUGUUACAGUGGAAGCUUACAUAAAGGGAAGCAAUUAAAUUUUUUUUUAUAUAAAAUGUUUUUAUAUAGUUACAACUUACAAAAAAUUGUUUACUGUCAUUUUUGUUUAAUCAUAAAUGGCAGUGCUUUAAACGUUUAAUUUCUAAGAAAUUAUAAAUCUGUUGCUUUAGAUGAUUUAAUAAUGUAAUCAUAAGAAUUUUUAUAAUAUAUUUUAGUUUUAUGUAUUAAAUUUACUGAACAUUUGUGGCUGUUACGAUAAGUAAUCCAUUGUUAUCAGCAUAAAUUUAAAGUAGUCUCCAAUUAAACAGCUAGAUGUUCCAAAUUGUAUCAAUUUACAGACUAGUUUUUUAUUUAAAAUCCCAAUUUCUU